AUGGGGCUCACCAUUUCCAACUUGUUUACCAAGCUUUUCGGCAAAAAGCAGAUGCGGAUUCUCAUGGUUGGUUUGGAUGCCGCUGGGAAAACCACUAUUUUAUACAAACUGAAGUUGGGUGAAAUCGUAACAACAAUUCCUACAAUUGGUUUUAAUGUGGAGACGGUAGAAUACAAAAACAUCAGUUUCACGGUGUGGGAUGUAGGCGGUCAGGACAAGAUCCGACCCCUUUGGAGACACUACUUCCAGAACACACAGGGUCUGAUCUUUGUAGUGGACAGCAACGACAGGGAGAGAAUCACAGAGUCUAAAGACGAACUAAUUAAGAUGCUCCAGGAAGAUGAGCUGAAGGACGCUGCUCUGCUGGUGUUCGCUAACAAGCAGGACCUGCCCAACGCUAUCCCAGUCAGCGAACUCACAGAAAAGCUCGGCCUCAACUCCCUCCGCAACAAACCCUGGCACGUGGAAUCCACUUGCGCUACCCAAGGCACCGGUCUUUAUGAAGGACUAGACUGGCUAUCCAAUGAACUGGCCAAGAAUUAA